AUGGCCGCGGCGACACUUGAAGACAGCGACUAUGACGGCGACCAUCUCACGACCGCCAAGAGGGACAAGAGAAAUGUUCUUCUCUCGACCGGUGGGACCCGUGUCUUCCCAACCAACGAAUCCCCGAAUCGACGUCAGCCGUUUUCCUCAGCCAACGGACCCACGUGGCCGGAUAAGUCUUUGUCGCAGCCGAACCCUAACACAGAAGCCGCAGCCGCAGCCGCAACAGCUAAAUCCGCAGCGGAAGGGAUUCUCCCUCCUCUCGGUGCUACCGAAGCUAAGUAUAUACGACAUAGUCACCAGCUGAACCAUCCCCCGCAUCUUCACCACCCUAAAGCCGUCACGCCGGAUGCUGACGUGGCCGCCGCGACCGCCAUCGCCGCUGCAGCCGUAGUUGGGCCUGCUGUUCCUGUCGCGUCGCGUCCCGUGAAGCCGCUUAGUCAUCAUACCAAUGGCGGAACGGGUAGAUCUGGUGGGAGAGAAGGGGAGAAGGUGCAAGUCGCGCGAUUCAAGGAAGAGGUUGAGGACGAGGAGGACACGUCAUGCAGCAGCGAGCCCGCGAGAGCCGCCGGAUCUUCCGUGGGCUCCUGCGAGAGCACGUGCUUCCGAGUGCCACGUGGCGGGAUGGGGUUUGGCGCGGGAAUCGCGGAGAGCAGCGAGGAGCUGGACGAGUUGAGACUGGAAGUUGCGGAGUUGAGGCGGCGGGUGGCGAGGCACGAGGAGGAGGCGAAGAAGCUGCGAGAUGAGGUGCUCUAUCUUCGCGCGUGCGGUUACGAGAUGCACUUAGCUAAGAGCCAGCAGCAGCAGGGGCGCGUUCUCACACCAGCGACCAGCGCCUCACGCUUACCGUUCCAGGACGUGGGGAACCUCCCGGCAGCCGUGCCUGGAACCAUCAUGAGCACGUUCGGCAACCCCGAGAACGCGAUGUCGAGCUUAGAGAUGAUGAUGGGGAUGCGUGUAGCGGGGAUGGCGGAGAGCGCCGAGCUCAGGGGAGUUGGAACCGCAGGGGCAGGAGGAGCAGGAUUGGUGGGUGAGGGGCCGGCGGUAGAUCUAGCAGGAGCAGGAGUGGAAGCAGGGAAGGCAGGACGAGGAGGGGAGCAGCACGCGCAGGGACAGAAGGAGAAUUGGGAGAACAGAGAGAAUAGACAGCCUGGGAACGGAAUGGCCAGCGCUCCACUUGCAUCCCCUCCUCCGAUGCCAAUGCCGCCGAGGGGAGACAGUGGAAGGGAGUACGGUUCGAAUGGGUUGAGCGGUUUGAACGGUUUCCAGGAACGAGCCAGCCCGCGAGCAACGGGUGGGGUGCAGGAGAGAGGGCGUGUGCUGCAGGAUAGGGGGGGUGCAGGCAUGCGGGACGCGACGGGUAAUGCGAGAGGUGGUGAUGGGUUGUCCGUCCUACCCCCCCUGUGGGCAUCUGAUUCCCCUUCGAAAGAGAAAAGUCACAGGGAGGGUGCUGGGGCACGUGGCAAUGCUGCUGGGGAAGCUGAUGCGCCAGCAGCUCUAGCCUCUCCUCGCCCCGCUGCCACGUCACCAUGCCCUGUCCUGCCAGCUAGGCCUGCCACGCCAGCAGCCGUCGUGCGGCCGCCGGUGUACAGCGGGCGAGCGAGUCUGGAGAAGAUGAGGCCGCCGCCUAUAAAGGGGAUGCCGCUGCCGUGGGAGUCGGUUGAUGACGUGGCGAAUCUGCAGGCUGGGAUUGGCUGUCAGGGUUAUGUGGGUGGCGGUGGUGGUGGUGGUGCUGCUGCUGCUGCUGCUCCUUCUGCUGGAAAGGAGGCAAGGGUUUUUACUGGAGGAGAAGGAGUAGGAGAGCAGGUGGAGCGGGCGGCAGCAGCAGCAGCAGCUGGAGCGGAAGCAGCAGCAGCAGCAACAGCGGCGGCAUCAGGAGUAAAGACAGCAGCAGUGGACCACGGGUCGGCAGUGGAAGCGUGGCUGGAUGUGACGGCAGGGAAUCUGAUACAGUCACCCUCGAUAGACGAACCCGCAUGGGCGGUGGGCGUGUGGGAGGAGGCAGGAGUGAGCGCGGAGCAGGGUGGGGCACUGCAAGGGUAUUCUCAUGUGGCGACAUGUGAGAACGAGCUGCAGCUGCAUCCCACAAACCCCUUCCUCUCCGCGCCUGCUGCUGAUGGCUUGCUCUGGGAAGAGCAUGGCGCUCCCAAUGCAGCAUCCGCGUUACAGGUGGACCCGUUAGAGGCAAGAGCAGCUUCUUCCGAAACAGAGUGUUAUCAGGCAGCGAACCGACCAAAACACGAGCAGCAGCAGCAGCAGCAGCAGCAGCAGCAGCAGCAGCAUCUUGAGCAGCAGCGAGUUACAGCGGGGGAGGAGCGUCACCAGGGAGAUGAAGCUGAAGCGAGGACGAAAAGAAAGAGCUCAGAGAAGGGCGCUUCUCCCCGCACUGCUGCUAACGCCAUACUCCCUACCACAACUCCCCCUGCCGCACCUCUCCCUGCGAUGCCCCCUUCCACACCCCUCCCUGCUGCGCCAACCUCUGCUGCUCCCACCACUCCCCACGCUAGUACCCCAACUCCCGGACUGGCCAAUCUCUCUUCGCCAGCUGGGCUGCCAGCAGGGCCGGAGGCGAAGCCAGCGCUGUGGGCGGCAGCAGUGGCAGCAGCGACAAUGAUGACCCCCACUGCCGCCCGGAUCUCGGAUCUCCUCUUUGGCUCCUCCAACUCUCCCUCCGGCCCCACCCCCACCUCUGGUCCUUCUGACCCCACCCCUCCCUCUGCCCCCUGUCCGCCCUCCGAUAGUUUCUCUCUUGGUGUGUCCCAGGGCGUGAGGGGAGGGGCAGGGGGAGCAGGAGCAGAAGGGGAGAGCGUGGGGGCGAGGAGGAGGGGAGUGGGGGAGUCGGAUAGCUCGCUCACGCUGAUGCGAGGGGCGUCGUGCCGAAGCUCUGUUGACACGCCUGGGUUUGCAGCGGGAGGUGGCGCUGGUAGCCGUUCCUCCCUGCCUGCUGUGGGGGGUGAAAGGCGAGGGGAGUGGGAGGGGGAGAGUGAGGGGGAAGAGAGUGAGGAGGAGAGCGAGGAGGGGGAGAGUGAGGAGGAGAGCGAGGAGGGGGAGAGUGAGGAGGAAAGCGAGGGGGAGGAGAGCGAGGAGGAGAGUGAAAGCGACUAUAGUGAAAAUGGUAGUAGUAGUGAUGAGGAGGAGGAAGCGGAAGAGGAAGAGGCGGAGGGGGGUGAGGGUGUGAAGGUGGGUGGGGGAGAAAAGAGUGCUACAGAGGACGACAGAAGCUGUACUAGCUUCCUUUCCUCAGGUGGGGCCACUGCAGCGGCAUCAGCCCUCUCAGGUGAAAUACCAGGUUUCUCAGGUGAACUCAACGCGUACGCUGCAGACGCAGCAGUGAAUAGGCAGGGGGCGCGUGAGACAACGUGUGAGACAUUUCAAGACUACGCAGCAGCAGGCAGGCAGGGGGUGCGUGAGCACAAUGUUACAGCCGCUACAGCCACCGCAGCUGGUGCUGCUGCUACAGCCGGAGCGGCUGUGACUGGGUCAUCAGACGGCAGUAAGAUCUCUCUCUCUGUGGGCUCCCUCACUUCCCUCUCCUCCCCCUUCACCUCCCAAUUCACGUCUGACUGGAGUGAGGAUGAGGAGGAGGAAGAAGACGACGAGGACGAUGAGGAGGAAGAGGAGGAGGAGGAGGAGGGAGAGAGGGAGGUGGUAGUGGAUACAGAGAAGGAACUGGUAAGCGAAGGGGAAGCAGGGGGUGGUGUUUAUGCGGCAUCGCUGGUGUCAAGCUCGUGUGCGGAUUCGGAGGAGGGGACGGAAGUGGUUAUGGAGGACGAAGGUGCGGAGGGCAGGGAGAAAGAGCAGAGGGCGAGGAAGGAGGCGCAGGUUAGGCAGCAGCAGCAGCAGCAGCAGCAGCAGCAGCAGCAGCAGCAGUGGGAGAAGACGCAGCAGGAGAAGCGGGAGCAGCAGAGGCAAGAGCAGCAGAAGCAGCAACAGCAGCAGCAGGAGCAAGAGGGGUGGCGGGGCGAGGAGGAGAGGGAGGGAGGCGAGCGCAGCAGUGGGCGUAGGCAGAGGAAGAGGUGGGGGGAACCCGGGGGAGACAGUGUACUAGCAAGAGCCAUAGAGCAAGCCCUCCCAGGCAGCAGGCGCCGCUCCACCUCCCCACUCAAAGUCCCCUCCCCUCUAGAUGAGCCUACCUCCCCGCUUGGCUCUACCUCCCCUCUUCAUGAGCCUACCUCCCCUCUCGGGUCUGCCUCCCUGCUCAGAUCUACCUCCCCCAGAUUUACCUCCCCGUUCAGCCAGUUGUACCCGCCCAAAGCCACGCUCCACUCGCCCAAAUCCGCGCUGCGCUCGCCUGCAGGCAAGUCCACGCUGGUCAAGUCUGCAUUGACCAAGUCAACGGUGCCAAAGAGCAGGUCUACCUCCCCUAAACGCACCUCCCCUAAACGCACCUCCCCCACACGCACCUCCCCAACACGCACCUCAACUAGAAACACCUCCCCUACACGCACCUCCCCUACCCGUACCUCCCCCACCCGCACCUCCCCCACCCGCACCUCCCCUGCAGACACCUCAACUAGAAACGCCUCCCCCGUCUCCCCUGCGCGCACCUCCAACCGCCCACUGAGGCGUACCGUCUCCCCUAUAAGCAUGCUCGCUUCUCCGUUGAAGCGGCUCCUGGUGCCUGAUGGCAAGCGGAGCAGGUCCCCCUCUCCCACUGGCCGCUUACCUUCGCCUGCUGCUCCUCUCUCUCCUUCUGCUGCUCCGCACUCUCCUUUCGCUCCGCACUCUCCUGCUGCUCCGCACUCCCCUUUCUCUCCGCACUCUCCUGCUGCCCCGCGCUCUGCUGCUUCUCAUCUCUCUGCUGCUAUCGCGUCUGCUCGUUCACCCUCUCCCUCGCCCUCGCGUGCCGCUCGGUCGGCCACCCCUGUUGCAAGGCCGCGGGGGCAGGGAGAGGAGGGGAGGAUGAAGAGGGGGAGCGGGAGUGAUGGUCGGGGUGAUGGGAGGAAGGAUAAUGGUAGAGAAGGCACAGGUGGUGCUGUUAGGGAGAGGGCAGAGGGUUUCCCUGGGAAUGCCAACCAGGAUGCUGAGGAGGAGUUUAUUUGGAAAGAUGGUGCAGCGAGGAAGGAGGAGAGGGCUGUGGGGUUGGGCAGGAGGGAGGAGGGUGGGGGAGAGGUGGAGGGUGGGGGGAAGAAGGAGAGGGCGUGGAGGAAGGGGAGUCCGUUUGGGAAGAGGAGGACAACAGGAGUAGUGCAGGAUUCAGAGCGACAGGAAGAAAAGUGUGGGGUGGAUGGAGGGCGAGGGUUGGUGGAACAGGAUGUCUAUCAGGAGAAGGGGCACAGGAGCAGGAAUCCGUUUUCAAGUGGGGAUGAAGGCAUGAGCCCCGACGAGGGGGGUGCAGGUGCAGGUUUGAACGCAAGGGCACCUGAGAGGCUAGAAACGGUGACGUCAUUUUCAAAGAAAGGGGAUGUCAGGGCUGCUGGGGUGGUACUUGGGGGCAGUUGGAGGCGUUAG